UGCGCAGUGCUGUCCAAGCCAUACUUUGAGGACUUUUGCAAUGACUCAAAGAUCGGAGGAGGCACCAUCCAGAUCAACCCAGGGGGAAUGCCCAGCCCGCCCUUCACAGUGCGAUACAACCAGGUGGCGGGCUUUAAUCAGGGGAAAUGGAUUGCAAUAGGGGACGAAGAGGGACACGUGUCAAUCGUGGAUGGGACCCUCGAGCUGCCAGAGGCGCUGACCCCUGGCAUGCCUAAUGGCCGGCGUGCCACUGCGCAGUGGGUGGCACACCACAAUGCCAUCUUUGAUCUGGCCUGGUUUCAGGAGGAUGAGCGGAUGCUGACUGGAUCUGGCGACCAGUGUGUGCACCUGUGGGACACCGCCUCUGCGCGCGGCGUGGGGCAGUUCCGAGGCCACAACGGCAGCGUCAAAUCCGUGUGCCCCCACGCGACCAACCGCAACAUCUUCGCCUCAGGGGCCAGGGACGGCGCUAUGAUGGUGUGGGAUAUUCGCUGCCCGGCCAUCAUGUGCAACCGCAGCAACACCGCCUACCAGGCACCUGUGCUAGCCGUCCAGGAGGUCGGAGCAGCAAAGGGGGCAAAGGGCCGCCGGCGCAAGUACGGCCCCUUUGAGACCAAGCACACCGUCACCUCGGUCGUCUUCCUUCACAGCGAGUACCUCCUAGCGACCGCCGGUGACAGGGACGACGUGGUCAAGUUUUGGGAUAUGCGCCGAAUCACAGAGCCCAGCCUGCACCUGGCGCUGCCCAAGCACCUGCCCAGCUCAGACUUCCUGCUGCCCAUGCACGGCGUCACAUGCCUCGCUCUAAAUCACCAGGGCACGAGGCUGCUGGUGAGUUGCAACAGCGCGACGCAUCACAUGUAUGACGCGCUGAGGCCGGACUCGCAGCCGGUGGCUUCCUUCUGGGGCCACAUGAACGGCUCCUUCUACAUCCGCGCCUGCUUCUCGCCCGACGGCGGCCACAUCUUGUCAGGGUCAUCGGACCACAAGGCUUACAUCUGGGCGGUGGACGAGCCGCAGCGGCCGCCGGUGGCGCUGGACGGCGCGGCCGGGGAGGUUACGGGCGUCGCAUGG